CGAACCAAUCAGCCCCUUAUGUUUCCCCAUUCGACACCAGAAGGCGGGAAGUGAAGCUCAAGCUGCAAUGGAGUCUACUAAGGAUGCCCUAAUUUCUACAUGCAUUCUUCCCCUUCUCUUGCUCUUUCUUCCAUCUUCGUCUUCUUCCACAGUUCCAGCAUCCAAUCAACAUUCUUUAGUUGUUGCUCCAUUUUCUAUGUUGCAAUUAUCUCAUGGCCUACCAGUGAAAUACUCCCACAAUUCCAAGCCUGGCACUUCCAUGGUCUGUGAAAGGGUUCAUGUUUAUGGAUCAUCGAGGAUUAAAAACUUUAGAAAGUUUGCUCAUUCAGUCACGUUGAAGGUAUCGGCUAAAGAUUCAAGUGUUUUUCCAAAGGCUGAGGUUUGCUUCCAUAGGAACUUAUCUACGGGGAUAGGAUUGUGCCCCAAUAGCCGAUGGGAGAAAAUUUCCAAUGGUUCAUGGGCUCGUUCCAUGUCACCUUUUGGUUACAAGCUUUUAGAUAUCCGGACUACUAAUUUAUCUUUAGAAGACUUUGUGGUAUCUAUUGAAGAAGGAUUUUUCCCUUGUCGUGUAAUAUGUUUGAUCUUGGGUAUUAUCUUCAUGAGUUUGGCUCCCAAUCUGAGCAACUCGUUAGCAUUUUACUAUGGCAGUACAAUAGCAACUGGUGUCAUCCUUGUAAUAUUGAUUGCCUUUUUUCAGGGACUGAAAAAGACAAGGAAUCUUCAUCCUACUCAUCCAAAGACUGCAUUGUUAAUCUAUUCAUCUGUUGUUGGUUACGUGUCAUUUCUCUUCUACCGCUUUCCUCAAUUGUUGCAUUCAAUACUUGUGGAGAUUGGAAUCGAUGAGGAAAUAUUAUAUGCUUUGGUGUUAUUUCUGCUGUUUCUCAACAUUCUUGCUGGUGCAUGGUUGGGUGUUUGGGUGGUUCGCAAAUGUAUCCUAACAAAAGAUGGAUCAAUUGAUUUUAGCACAUCCCACUUUGUUGAAUGGUUCUUCCGAAUCCUGUCUGCAGUUUUACUUCUUCAGAGUUCUGUGGAUCCCAUAGUGGCAAUGGAGGCUUUAGUUUUUGGAAUAUUAAUCUCUUCACUUUCUAGAAGAAUCUUUAGAUUGAGAAUCCUUCGUCGCAUCCAUAGAAAUUUAACAAAAUUAGCUCAUAGGAGGCACAGAAAGUCACAUUUGUCUGACCUUUCCUCUUCUGAAGAUUCUCAUGAUAAAUACACUUACAAGAUCCAAAGCAAUGAAGACUUCAAUUUCCGAACAGGGUAUCAAUCAAAGGGAUUUUCUAUAGCUCCAGGCAGUUAUGAUCAUGAUGUUUAUGUUUCAGGUUUGAGUGGCAAUACCUCCAAUCAGCUAUACUUAUCUAGUUUUCACACCACACCUGAAAGGAGAAGAUUCUCAAAGCCUGUUUGGGAAAAGUUCACAAGAGACUCCACCGAGAAAGCCCUUGAAGAGCUUGUUUCUUCCCCUGGUUUCGGAAAAUGGCUUUCCAGAAGUGCAGAGAGAAUUAGUGUUACUCCACCUAGUGGCAGAAGAGCCGAAAAACAGGGCAAGUGGUUUCGAUUUUUUUAAGCAGUUCUUAAUCAGCUCGUAGGUGAAUCAUGAUGGGCAAGCAUAUUAGACACACAGUGCAUGAAAAGUUGGGAUGGAGAAGAGAAGAUGGCAUUGCUAUAUGCCAUCGAAGGAGGCUAAGUACAUCAGCAAUCACCUGCGCUAGAGUGUGCUGUUUCUUAAAUUUGGUGGUAUUGGAGGCUUCGGCUGCACUGCAUAAAAAAGGCCAUGUGAGAGAGAACAAGAUGAGUAAAUGGAUGGAGAUGUGGAUCUGUGGAGUGUGCAACGGAUUUUACUUACAAAUAUAAUUAUGCAUUUGACCCCUGUAUUUUGUGCUUAUAUUUAAGAUUGACUUUACUUUUUAGAAGAUGACAUAUGUAACAGCUUCAGAUUUGUAAAUAGUAACAAAGUUAGCCAUUCUGAA